AACAAAGUGAAAGGACUUUUACUCUGGCGAAACACUGCGAGCAACAGGAACGGGCAAGACUAAACAACAUUCAGAAAUCCAGUACAAACAACAGUUUGUUCAACGGGAAAAAGGAGAAGAGAGAAAAAUGAACCAAUACCAGAUCCAGGAAUUUGAUCCAUUCGAACCAAUUGAAGGAAAACACUACUUCAUAACUGAGACGGUCAAGUCAUGCUUUUUGCGGAAGCAGAUUUCAGAUCAUUUCCAAAAGCAUAGGCCUGAUUUGAAGGAGGUGCACAGUGUGGACGACUGUAAUGUGAUUCUGGUUUUCUGCCACAUUGUUUCACGUGCAGGAACUGACAUUGAUGCUGCACUGAAUAAACUUAAUACAAUGUCAGCAUCCACACCAGCUAUUUUCAUGGUGUUUCAUCACACGUUUGACCCUUAUAAAAUUGUACCAGACAGCAGCAGACAUGUGACCAGGAGAAAUACACUCACAGUAGACUGUCUUUUCUAUGAAGAUGUGGGAUUGUUGACAUGUGACAUGAAUGAGAAGGCACUGACCAAAAUUGUUCAGUGUUUCAAAUAUCAGGAACGUUACAUUGAAAACCUCCAAGAGAAUAAAUGGUACAUCUCCCUUUUCAACAUGCUGCUUAAUGGUUGCUAUUGGAUAUGUGGCAUUUUGAAGCGUUUCAAAAACGCAGUUUGCUGCUAUAACAAUGAAAGAAGCAGACUGAUAGAUGAAGUUUAAGGAAGAAAUGUCUAGAAAGUAAGAAUAAAAACCUAAAGCAUGAACAAGAACCACCUGAAGACUCCCUGUAAUGAGAACACCUCUGAAGACAUGACGCCAAGCCUUGAGAGGACUUCAGAUGAUGCCACCUCCGAAUAAACACACAGAACUACCAAAUUGUCACUGCGGUCAGGCCAGCCUCCACUCAGAAAAACACUGUCAUUCUAGCCGCCACUUUAUUUUGAGGUGUGCGCAUAUACUACGCGUUAAGGUAAUAGCGUGCAGAAACCUACAUCAAUGGAAAAGCGAUCUUUAGCUUUCAUUUAUUGAGCCAGUUACUCUGUCAGUGUUGAAUGAUAACAAAUGUUGCUCAAAUGUUGGGUAAUAUUCAAUGUAGAAUUUCCAAAUAAUACAAAAAUAAAUGAUGAGAAACAACAAAAUAAAAGACUUUCAUAAACGUGCAAAUAACCGUUUUUAUAUGUAAAUUCACAUUAUUAUCAUUAUAAAUAAAACUCCCUGUUUCCACAAAAUGUUUCACUUUAAAUUAGACUUAAAAAAAAAAAAUAGGAAAAAAAAAGGUCCCAAUGUCAGGAUUAUCUAACGUAGCACUAAAUAAUAAAAGCCAUCCAAAAACUCAUAUAUAACUAGUUUGUCUUUGUUUUGAAGAGCUCUAAAAAAAGUCUGUGAUUGCACAAACCAGUUUCAAUUCAGAUUGACAGUACAACACCCCAGUGAGUGCCUCAGCCAGUUUCAGGACUAUCUGAUGUGGCAUUACAUAAUAAAAGCCCUCCAAAAACUCAUAAAUUACCAGUUUUGUCUUCAGUUUUGGAUAGCUCUAAAAAAGGAACUCUGUGAUUGCACAAACCAGUUUCAAUUCAGAUUGACAGUCCAACACCCCAGUGUGUCCCUCAGCCAGUUUCAGGACUAUCUGAUGUAGCAUUACAUAAUAAAAGGUCUCUAAAAUCUCAUAUAUGACCAGUUUUCUCUUUAAUUUUGGAUAGCUCUAAAAAAGGAACUCUGUGAUUGCACAAACCAGUUUCAAUUCAGAUUGACAGUCCAACACCCCAGUGUGUCACCCAGCCAGUUUCAGGACUAUCUGAUGUAGCAUUACAUAAUAAAAGGUCUCUAAAAUCUCAUAUAUGACCAGUUUUGUCUUUGAUUUUGAAGAGCUCUAAAAAAGGAACUCUGUGAUUGAACAAACCAGUUUCAAUUCAGAUUGACAGUACAACAGCCCAGUGUGUCCCUCAACCAGUUUCAGGACUAUCUGAUGUGGCAUUACAUAAUAAAAGCCCUCCAAAACUCAUAUAUGACCAGUUUUGUCUUUAAUUUUGGAUAGCUCUAAAAAAGGAACUCUGUGAUUGCACAGACCAGUUCCAAUUCAGAUUGACAGUCCACCAUCCCACUGUGUCCUUCAGCCAGUUUCAGGACUAUCUGAUUUAGCAUUACAUAAUAAAAGCCUUCCAAAAACUCAUAAAUUACCAGUUUUGUCUUUGAUUUUGGAUAGCUCU